AUGUCUGCAUUAGAUCUACCUAAGAUAGUCGAUUCCCUUCAACUGAAGAAAGUCAAACAAAGAAAUGAUUCACUACAGCUUCUACGAUCCUUUUCAGCUGCAAAACUUAAACUCACACCUAGGCACUUUGUCGUGCUUCUGGAAGGGCUCCUCAAACUCAUCGAGAUAGAACGAGACAUCUAUGGAAACAACCCAACCUCAGCCACCCAGCAACGUCUAUUGACAGCAUCUACCAUGCUCAAAGAUAUCUUUGAAGAAUCGUUGAAAAGAGGUCAACUACGAUACAAGCAUUGCACGAGCCUCUUUUCUAACGUGAUCUCAUCAUUCUUUCUUCCAGAACCACACUCCAUCCUAGCGCCCUGUGCCAUUGACUUCGCCAAGAUCCUCCAAAGUCUUCUACGGGAACCGUUUUUCCUUACUCAUUUACCAAUCGACUCUUGGAAUCGAGGGUACAAGUUUUUGGUAAGACUGCUAACUGCCGCGUUGGACACCACUGACCAUCAUGACUACCAAUUCUCUCGCGAGUCGCUAUUAACUGAUCUACUAAGUUCAUUGCAUUGCAUCAUUGGAGGUGCCACAGAGGAUAUUUAUGAACCCCUCAAGAGGCUGAAGCUCUAUGUUCCCUUACGAAAGAUUCUCAGCGAUGUGUUCGAGAUUUAUAACAAACGUGAGAGCUCCGUGCUUGUCGAGGCAUUAAAAGUCACCAACAAGCUCUUACUCACGUUAGCAUCCGAGGAUUUUAACUUCUGUCAUAGAUUGAUUCACACAGCUCUUCAACCAUUGAUCAACUUCGCUCAUACAAUGGUGGACGGAAUGUUAAUCCAGAUUGUCAUUCUUAUCAACCUGGAAAGCUUUCACAGAUAUCUCACGAUUGACUCUUUACCUCAACUAAUCACUAACGAUCUCGUUGAGGAUUCGAGUGAGGAAGAGAGCUCCACUAGAAAGCGGCUGGACCCCUUUUCUGUCAGAGCCCAGCAAGGCGAAUCCUCGACAUACAACGUAGGAGUUCUUGCUCAGGCGCUUCUUGAUAGAAUAGCUGGCCUGAGUCACAAGCUUUUGGAAAGCGACAUAGAUUUCGAAGAAAAUGAAACUGCCAAAGGCUGGUUCGACUUAUCGUCAAUUAGCUUAAAGACCGGUCAAGAAGUUCAGUGGCUCCUUCUUCGUGGAACAGUGAGACUUAUCAUGGCAUAUUACAACCUUUGCAUGGAGGAGACAUACUCUAACUUUAACCAAAGCUUUCUUUCAAGUAAACUCAAGAGAGUGAAAAUUCAAAGCACAGUCCUCAAUAUCAAAUCAUUUGAAAGCAUGGAUGCGCUCUUGAAACAUAUGAUUGGAUUUUCCAAGGACGUGAGACUUCAAACAUUAGGGCUACAACUACUCAUUUUUACAAAGGAUUCUGAGCCUGUCGAUAAUUCACCACAAUUGCCUAAAAAGAGAUCAUGCCUGGAAAAUGAUCACACCAUGAAUAACGAUGAAACAACAAUCAUCGAUGUUCAUCUUGACGAAGAUGUUAACCCUGGUGAUGAGGACUGCAACUACUUAUCACAGCUAUUAAAAUAUUUCAACAAUAAGGACCUUACGUUUUGGUGUCUUUUAGGAAUAUUCACUAUACUUAGAAGACUCGAGCUAUCCGAAUGUUACGACAAUCAGAUCAUCACUCGCCGGUUGCAUCAAAUAAUAAGAAUUGUCACGCCGAUGAUAAAGCUGGAUGAUUACUCUCGCCUAUCUUGCCGUGUAAUCAGCUUCAUUUUGUUUUCAUACCAUCCUGACCGUCUUUACCGUCUUGUUGAUCACAGCUUAAGGUCGCAAAUACAGAAUCUUUUAGAAUUGGCUGAAAUCAAUGGCCCCAGCUCUCUUCAUUGUGAUGCACUUCGUUACUGGUGGGCCUUGCAUUGGUCAAUGACAAAACUGACUAACGCAAAAUCGGAUGUUAUCAAUAGGGCAGCGGGAAGAUGGUUUUUAUCCAAGUUAAACGAUGAACUCUCAUCUGACAUAAUACGUACCAGAUCAGAGCCCACUCGUGCCCGAAUGAUAGGUUCUUUCAUUCUGUGGUUGCUGGGAAACGAGAUUCAAAAUUUGCCUUCCAAAAGUGAUGACUGGGACAAAAGUGAUCGACUGACAAUCUAUUUGGGUUCUGCAGGGCACAAUUCUGACUUCGAGAAAUUUCUUGAUCUAAAGAACAUUGACUCGAGACGACUCGUUCACGAACCAAAGAUUUUACUUUGUGAUGGUAAUCUGGACAUGACAGCGUCUAUCUUUGAUCGAAUCCAUCUUAUUAGCUCUCGCCUCAUGGUUGGAAGCGAAGGUAUAGACAGAUUGUUUCACUGGGCAGAGAUUAUAGCACACAUCAAAGAGGCUUUAAGAGUUCGAGAGCAAUUUAUCCCCCCUGAUAUUGAAGAGACUUGCGAAAAGCUCUGGAGAUGCCUUUUUAUGAAUCUGUCCUCCCAGGAGGAUUAUGCUAUCAUAAUGAGACUCCUUCUACUUUCCGACCUAAAUCAGCCAUUAGCAAUCGAUAAGCUUUUUGUGUUUCGACAAAUUGAGCAUUUCAUGUUUGGCCUUAAUUCUACAUUCCAGACAGCUGGUUCUUCUAGUCCCAAUGACAUCGAAUUCGAGGAGGAGUUUCUGAAUACCGGGUCAAGUAAAGCGACCCCCAUAACACAACUGCCCCAGUUGGGUACUGAAAUGACGACGCUUUACUUUCGUUCCCUUGUCAAAUUUGACGGUGACAUCGCUCUGAUGCUCACGGCCCUCGAUUUAUUACCGUUGAUUGAUGGAUACGAUGAGACCGACUUUCGCAAGGACUUUACAGAUCUCUUGGGCUUUUUGCUACAAUGUGAAGAGAAGCUGUUGUUUUUGAUUGAAAGCUGUCGUUAUAAUGUCAUCUCCUUGAUAUUUGAAUGUCUCACUCUUCAUUUUGAUUUACGUUUGGGCGCUGAGACAGCAAAUAGAGCCUUAUUGUCCUCGUCGAAUUCAUUAAGAACUUCUCUUCUGGGUUCUGUGAGGCUUUAUCUCAACAACAUGAAUUCAUUUGAUCAACUCAACCUUUACCGUUCCUUGUUUGAAACAUUCCCGCAUCCUCAGGCGUCAGUCGAGCGAGCAGCCGCCUACUGUUACUUUUUCACCAUAGUUUCGUCGGGAACUACUCAAAUCAAAAUACCCACGAUUUUCAACUUGUUGGAAUGUCAUAAGUAUGACUUUUUUGUACCAUACUUAAAAUUGGGUCUCUCAAGGUUGUGUCAGGGCUCUCCUUUAUCUUCACCUCGAAAGCUUUUCCGAUCAAUGAGGAUAGAGCUAUUAAAGUCAUGGUGGAAUAAUGAUAUACCCCUAGAAACUUUCCCAUACGAACUCUUUGACUACAUUGAUUUCAAGGCUUUCGCUGUUGAAAACUACAAAGAAAUCGUUUCUAUUUGCAUGGCGAUCAAGAGUCAAAGGAGCUCUUCACAAAUAAUGUCGCAGUUAUCGCAAGUAUCCAAGUGCAAGGGUUAUGACAUUCAAAAUGUGCUUUACGACUCUUUACCAAUUCUUAUUCCCUUGGCCUAUACUUCAGAUGGUGUGAGGAAUGAGAUUUUUAAGUCACUUCUGCCAUAUCUCAACAACCUAUACAAGGGCUAUAUGAGAGAAAAGGUUUUGCUUAUAAUUCUUGAAACUCUCAGAAUGACUGAUACUGGAUCAGAAGUUGCCUUGAGUGAAGUCUUGUCUAAAAGGACAACUAUGGAUCUAUUCAUGUCCCCGAUUCGUAUAGACAAUUCUAUGAGGGCCACAGUGACGCCAGUUUCCAUAUGUUAUUACCUUUUCUUAUUAGAUGAGAAAUCGUUACCAAUCAUUUUGGCGCUCAUAGAGAACAUGGUCAGUUGCGAUGCCCAAUUAGGAACUGGGGGUCUUGAUCUUUUGGCUCGAAUAGUCAUUUGUGUUCGAAUGGGAUCCAAACAUGAUGGAAGCAUUUAUCAAAGGCUCUAUUCCAAACUCAACCUUGAGAAGCUUUACCUGGUCCUAAAAGACAGCAAGCACUCGAAGACUGCAUUACUUUUACUCGAAGAUGCAACGCAAGGAAAGGGAAGAAAAGUUGAUUGGGAUAAAUGGAGAACAUCAAUUCUGAACAUUUAUGAGUCAAUUGAUGACCUUGAUAUGCUUUACGGAGUACCCCAAGAGCCUACUCUCAACAACACUAUCCAUAUGCUGAAGCGAAUUGCAUCAACUUCCGAAAUUUUGCGGAACGAUCUCGCUAUUCUUGACUCUGCAGCGUUGAGAAAUGAGGCAAAUGACGACAGUGCCACAACGAAGUCUCUUCUUGCUGAUGGUUUGAUGGGCAUGUCAAGGGUGUUCUCUCUGAACUCUACUGGUGAGACGGGAUGCUACGAAUGGAGCUGGAAAUUGAGCAAAUGGAACAUUCCGCUUUCAGAAGAACCCAAAUCAGACCACGAGAUUAUUUAUAAUUAUUUUAAGGGUCUUCGGGUACUGCUGAAUACCUCAGAUUGCCUUUAUAAAGCAAUAAGUGAUUCUUUUUUCCAGAAAAAGAGAUUCUCCGAUGGAGAACUUUCUCACCGCUCUAAUCGACAAUUGUACCAGAGAUGGUUUGUGACUUUGUCCUCAUUGACAGAGGUAGAGGAUAUUUUGAGGAUCACAGAGGAUCAAAUUCUGACCAACAUUCGCAAAUUUGGUCAUUUGUCUUCCUGGUUUGAAGAUGCUGAUAUGGAAAAUCUGGAGAACAUCUUAUUAUGUCGAAGAGAAGCAUUCAGGUUGAGAAUAGAUGGCCCGUCUUCGAAAAGUUCCCUAUUGGAGUCAAAUGAGGCCCAAAGUAUAUGUUGGCAAGGUCUUAUUCACGAAAUUCUGACUUACAAUACAGUUGCUAGGUUGAACAACCACUCUCAGAAAAUGCUAAAUUCAGCUGUUCUCAUGGAUGAAUACACUUCACAUCUUUCAGGAUUGGUUGACUGGAAGACCAUGCGCAAUUUCGUCUCUUUCUCAAUUGCACAGACAUUGUGGACGCAGGGAAAUUCGACUGCACCAAUUGCAAUGCUUAAAAGCUUGGUCUCACAAGAGGCAGCUGAAUCAUUGGCUCAAGAUCUAUUACAUUUGGACCAUCGCAUGAUAAUUUCUCACUUAGUAUUGUGGCUAGCGGACUCACGCGAGGAACUUGGUGAAAAUUUAUUACGUCAGUAUGUUGAACCAAUGGAGAGCAACUUAUCGGAAAUUUAUGACUCGAUCCAAAGGUUCAAAUCCUUUCUGCUUCUAGCAAGAUUUUGCGAGAAGCAGUUCAAAGCCAGCGCUCUCAAAACCCAGAUUAGUAAUUUAAAGCUGCGAAUAAAGGCUAAGAAGGAUGAAAUCGAGGUAAUCAAAUCACACUAUGGGAAGACUGCCGUUACACCAAGCGAAAGAAAAUCAGUUCAAAAGUACUAUAACAGGCUCAAAGCUCAGGUUGCUGCUGACUCAAUCGAUCUACAAUCAUUGGAAGACACUACAAUGAAAUUUGGUUGCAAAAGUGCCACAUUCUAUCUCAGCGCAUUACUCGCGGGUGACGAAGGGCAAGAAAUUGAGGACCGUUUUAUAUCUUUGUUCCUUGAACUUUCAUCCUACCAACCGCUACAUGCUUCGCUAAAGCAAAACCUUCAAUCACUCCCGAGCUAUAAGGCGCUUUCAUGGUCCACACAAUUGAUGGCUCGCCUUUCGAGUGACACCAAUGAGUUUCAAACUUCCAUUCAGCAACUUAUCAUUCGCCUUUGUUUCGAUCAUCCGUUUCACACACUUUACAUGCUUAUCUCACUAUUAUACCAUAAGGAAGUUGCACAGGACACAGGUAACAACACCAUGCUUCUAAGGGUCAGUGCAGCCGAAAAGAUAUGGCAAAAACUUAUGGCCCAGGACGAAGACUUCUCUAAAUCUAUCCUUCAUCCCAUUGAAAAGUUAUGCGGAGAAUCAACUAUCCUUGCUAAACAUAAGAGUUCGAGGGGGCGUGCUUUGCACCUCGACAAACUCGAGAUUGGAAAUUACUGGCUUCACGAAUUGCCUCAAAUUCCACCUCCUACGUUCGAAAUUCCUGUUUCAAAGACUGGCUAUAAGGACAUUCCGAAAAUGGUGUCUUUCGACCCUAAGGUGAGUAUUGCAACUUCAGGUCUCAGCUUGCCGAAGAUUGCCACAUUCACCUUGUCUGAUGGUUCCCGCCGCAAGAUGCUUCUCAAAUACGGAACUGAUGACUUGAGACAAGAUGCAACAAUGGAGCAGGUUUUCGAGAAAGUGAACACAAUUCUUGAAAGAGACCGAGAGACAAGGAAAAGAAAGCUACAUGUCAGAACUUACAAGGCGAUCCCAUUAGGACCUAAAGCAGGUGUGAUAGAAUUUGUCCCCAACUCCAAGGCGCUUAUCGAGGUCAUCAAGCCGUAUCAUCAAAGACAGGACAAGUUGAAGUACGAGAAAGCGAAGGAGGCGAUGAAGGAUUGUCAAAGCUCGACUUUGAAGGAAAGGCUUCAAACUUACGAGUCAAUCACGGCAAAGAUCGAUCCAGCACUCCACCAGUACUUCAGUGACCAUUUUGUUACCCCCGACGACUGGUACGAAAGCAGACAAAAGUUCACUAGAGGUAUCGCAUCAUCCUCAAUGGUGGGUCAUAUACUAGGUCUUGGUGAUCGGCACUGCAAUAACAUAUUGCUUGAGGAAACUACUGGCGAACCAGUGCACAUUGAUCUCGGAGUUGCGUUUGAUCAAGGAAAAAGACUCCCCAUUCCCGAAACAGUACCCUUCAGGCUUACAAGAGAUAUAGUGGACGGGUUCGGAUUCACAGGAGUUCACGGAGUCUUCGACAAGCUGUGUGAACACACUUUCAGGGUUUUGAGAGAGCACAAGGAGCACAUCAUCGCAAUUCUUGAUGCGUUGAGAUGGGACCCUUUGUAUCUGUGGUCGAUCUCACCGCUAAGGAAAAAGAGACUACAAGAUGAAUCAAAAGUUCCUCUUCCUGAACCUCAAGAGGAUGGUUCUGAGGCAAACGCUGCCGUGCUAACGGUUUUGGAAAAAGUGGAUGCUGGCGGCUUGAGUGUCGAGGCUACUAUCCAAAAUCAUGAAGUAGACGGCAAGAAAUCCUACUCGUUGCUCUUUGCAUGCCAGGAAGGGAUGUAUAGCAGUGAUUUGAGUCCUACCAAAGUCAAAAGGUGCAAGUCGAAAAAAGACAUUGAUGAAGAGCUGUGGACUGAGAUGUUCGAGCGCUUAUUUGAUGAUAACGUGAUGGCCGGAGACAUUGAAGUCGAACCUCAUGAAAGCGUGGAGAUUGCCGCAAAGCUCGAAUCACUGGAGAGCUACGACAGCAAUACCGGAGAAUUGACUGAUGGCGAUUUGGCUGAUGAUCCGCCAACACUCACAAUUAUGAUUCGCUCUAAAGGUAAAUUGAGUGUGGAGUAUGGCUCUUUCCAAGCACAGGUCAGAGAGGUAGAUUCUCAGGACAAUGAAACAAAACGUGAGCUCGACAUACUAAAUUGGGUCCUGCUACAGUCUAAUCAGAUUACUCAAUUGGUCAAGAAAAUUGAGGCUUCGGAGAACGAGCUACGGAAAUUGCGGGAAGACAACCAAGCGAAAGACGAAGAGAUAAAGCAGACCACAGAUGACUAUAACACAAUUCUACGAGAUCUUGAAGAUCGAUUUUACCAGGUUUUGAACGCUAAAAGACAGAAGAUUCUCGAACUACUGGGCGAUGGUGAGGACGAUAUCAAGCACUUGAACGAAACUUUCGAAGUGAAAAACAGAACCAACUUGAAUCGUGUUCGAGUUGAAGAAAUCAUCAAGGGCGAGGGCUUUAAGGCCUUUGAGGAGAAGCAACAAGAGAAGGACUUAGCCAAAAGUUCCAAAAAGCGUAGGUCCUCCGGCUCGGGAGACACUGCCAGGAAAAGAAGAACGGUGAAAAAGGAGCCUCGAAAGAGUGAGAAGAAUGAAGGAGAACCUAGCAUAAAAAAAGAAGACGAGGAGGUGGAAUUGGCUGUACGAGAGGAGGAGCGGCCUGAAUUCAUCAAGGACGAAGACAAUGACAAUAUGGAAGAUACUUCUAUUGAGGAGAAUAAAAGCAUAGAAAAGGCGUCCAGUGCCGAGGAAGGAAGCGUCACAGAGCAAUCCGAAGAAGCCACAGACUAUUCCGAUAACGACACUCAGGUGAAACGUGAGGAAGAUUCCAGCGUGCAAGAUGGCUUUGACAGCACGUCAGGCACGACGCAGCCAGUGGAAGUGGAUGAAGAAGAAGAGGAGGAAGAGGGCGAGACUGAUUACAGCGAUUGA